AUGACUUUAAUUUUUUUUCAGAAGACUGUUUCAUUACAAAUUAGGGCAGCAAAAGCAGCAGCAGCAGUACCACCAGAAUGUAGAACAGGAACAGAUGGAUGGAUACAAUUCGAUGAGAGAGAAUUACAGCAUAGAAGGAGCUUGGUAGAAAGGAAUGCCACGUGGCAGAUGAUGCAUUUGUCUUCAUGUUCACCUCCCACCUACCUCAUAAACACCAACACUAUUAGUAGUACUGCCACUACUACCACCACUGCCAUUCCAGUAACAACAAUGGACCCAAACAUCAUAAAUACGACUCAAGAUCUGAACAUCUUUACAUCACCUGCCUACAGAGAUGAAGUGCUUAAUCACAUUCUCAACGGCAACCACAGCGAUCACUCCGGCCAAGUAAACCUAAGCUGCGGGGAAUCUCACGAAACCCUUCAAUUGUUUCCACUCCGGAGCGGCAAUGGGGACGAGAAUGGUUCCGAGAAGGAGGCCGGGAUAUCGGGGGCCGACAUGAAUGCUAACUACACUCCUUACCAGUUUUUUGAGUUCCUUCCAUUGAAGAAUUGAAGAAAAAAAAAACUACUAAUAUUUUGCCAUCUAUGUAAACUUGGUGUUAGAUUUAGAAUUUGAAAUGUUGUUGGAAAGUAGCUAGCUAGGGAUGAUUUUAAUGUUGUCGAUGUAACAUUUCAUGGAGACUGCAGUAAGUAGAAUGUGGGUAUGAAAGAAAGUAGGUUGCCCUAAAAUGCAU